GUACGCACGUCCUGUGCGUGUGACGUCACGUGGUAGCUCGUAGUCCUGCUGUGCUCGGUGGUCGGAGCCGUUAGCUCGAAGCUAACCAGUCGCUUUCUUUAUUGUUCCGCGUUCGGAGGACUCGGCUGCUGUUCGGUUUGUUCCGGUGUCUGGAUCCGAGGGAUUUAUUGAUCGUUCAUUUCCCCCAACGCCGUUUUCUCUGCGGAGGAAACACUGAGCCAUGUACAAUGGGAUUGGCCUGGUGACUCCGAGGGGCAGUGGCACCAAUGGCUACGUGCAGCGCAACCUGUCGAGCGUUCGCGCCAAGCGUCCGCGGGACGAGCGCGGUGGAGACCGGGACGAGAAGGACCGGGAGCGGCUGGAGAGUCAGCUCAACAGGCAGCCCAAUGCCGACAUCCUGGAGCACCAGCGCAAGAGGCAGCUGGAGGUCAAGUGUGCGGAGUUACAGGACAUGAUGGAGGAGCAAGGGUAUUCUGCCGAGGAGAUAGAGGAGAAGGUGAACAGUUUCCGAAUGAUGCUGCAGGAGAAGGAGGAGCCGGCACCUGCCCCCUCCGAUAGACCAACGGCCACGGAGACUCACGCCCUGGCUGCAGCCAACCAGCAGAAGAACGACCGUCUCCGCGCUGCGUUUGGAAUCUCCAGCGACUACGUGGACGGUUCGUCCUUCCACGCCGACCGCAAGGAGAGAGAGAAGGAGAAGAGAGAGCAGGAGCGUCUGGAGCGAGAGAAGCUGCAGCAACAGAAAUAUACGUUGGUGGAAGAUUCGGACGAUUCAGAUUCUCCUCCCAAGAAGCGCAGUCGGAAGAAGAAGAAGAAAAACAAGAACAGAGACGGUUCAGAGAGUCCCUCCCCGUCUCCUCGCAGAGAGAAGAAGAAAUCUAAAAAGAAGAAAAAGAAGCGUGAGGUGUCAGAAGAGAGUGAAGAAGACAGCUCCUCAGACGAGAAACAGAAGGUGUCCAAGAAGAAAGGAAAGGGUGAUGGUUCGAGUCCUCAGAAAACCAAGGUGGUACAAGGCGGCAGUAUUUCCUCCGACUCUUCUCACAGUCAUUCUCCAGCUCCAGUGAGGUCACGUCAACAGGAACAAUCUGCAAGAAAAGAUGAUGACGGACGACAGGACAGAUCGCCCGACAGGAGGAGGAGGGGCCACGAGGAGCUCCUCCCACAUCGUCAGGGAAGAGAAACGAGGCCCAAUCCUGAGAGAGAGCGCCCGAGUGAGAUGGAGAAGAGCUCCGCCAAGAGGAGAAAUGACUCCUCAUCCCCCUCUCCACCGCCGCAGGCUGAUAAAAGCCGGGAAAGGGAGAAAGGGAGGCGCUCCAGAAGCAGAGAGAUGCAGAGGAAGAGGCGUUCAAGGAGCGUAGAAAAGAGAGAGAGAGGGAGGCGAUCCAGAAGCAAAGAGAUGGACAAAGGAAGGCGAUCAAGGAGUAGAGAAAAUGAGAGGGAGAAAGGGAGGAGGUCCAGGAGCAGAGACUUGGAGAAAGGGAGAAGGUCCAGGAGCGGGGAGAAGAAGGACAAAGGAAAGGAGAGUGCUCCUCAGAGGACCAAACAUGACUCCUCAUCUCCUUCUCCACCACCUAAACAGGAGACCAGGAGGGGAAGGAGCAGAGACACCGAGAGGGAAAAAGACAAGAGUAAACUGGACAGAAAGACCAGACACGACUCCUCGUCUCCUUCACCUCCUGAGAAGGAGAGAGCGAGAAGGGAGAGGAGUGGAGAGAGGGAGCGCAGGACCGAGAGAGAUUUGCACUCAAGGGCACCAAAUGAAAGGGACAACAGGAAAGACACCGGGAGGCGACAAGAGAGGGAGCUGUCUCCUCGCCAACAGAAACACGACAGAAGAAGGGAUGGACACCCGUCUCGUGGUUCACUGUCCCCCGCCGCUCGCUCCCCUGUCUCCACCGGGGGUCCAAGAGAGAAGGAGAGGAGAAGAGAAAAAGACCUGGAGAGGAAUCUGAACAAGCAGGGAGAACCAGGCAGAGAGCAGGGUCAGGGAGACGGCAGGAAAAGGGAGGUGGUGGUUCGACCAUCUGCAGGAAGCAGACAAGAUCUCAGGCCUGCCGAUAAAAACACGAACGAAAGACCCGACACGCUCGACCGUCAGGAGAAGACGAGGAGUCCUCCGGCUAAGGACAAACGAGAAGACAAGGCAAAACAGGUUGAGAAAAGAAAAGAGAGCUCCAGCAGCAGUAGUGGGAGCAGCAGCAGCAGUGGCAGUGACAGCGACAGCUCCUCAUCCUCCUCUUCAUCUUCAUCCUCCUCCUCCUCCUCAUCCUCUGAGGAUGAAGGCAAGGCGAAGAAGGCAGCAGGGAGGGAAAAAGCCAGUCCCGUGAAAAUUGCCCCAGCUGCCAUUGGAGCUGCGGUUCAUCGGUAUUUAACCAAUGGAAGAAAAGAAAGUUCUGCUUCUGAGGGCGACGCACUGAGACGACAAGAUGGAGGAGACCGACGCGAGAGGACAGACAGACCUCCUCACAGAUCUCCUGUAGACGACUGUCCGUCCCAACCCAAAGGUCAGGAGCGAUACAGCCCCACACAGGUGGACAGUCCCAGUCCCCCCCCCUCCCCACCCAGCAGAGCAGACCACAGCAGGGGCAGCAGGUACCCUGAGGCCGAGGCUGACAAAAACAGGCUGGAGGCCAAAGUUGGGGAAAGGGAUAGAGGGAGGGACAGGGGCACAGCCAGGAGGGCGGCAAGACCGAGCCCCCCGACCAGGAGGUCUCCGCCCAAGAAAACAACCACCACCUCCCCGGCCCGUCGCACCCCACCAAGGCAGUACCAGGAGGCCCCGCCCCGCUCCAGGAGAGCCUCCCCUCCUCCGGCCUGGUCAGACAGGGAGAGAGAGAGGCAGAGGGACCGAGAGAGAGAGAGGGACCGAGAGAGGGACCGAGAGAGGGACCGAGACCGAGAGAGGGACAGAGAACGUGAUCGGCCUCCAAGACGCAGCAGAUCGCGAAGCCAGAGGAGGCGCAGCCCCCCCAAUAGGUCCCGUCGCUCUCCUUCUCCUCCACGACGGAGGAGGAGCAGUCGCUCCCUCUCCAGGGAACGAGGGAGAGAAAGAGAAAGAGAAAACGAGCGGAUUAGACAGAGGGAGGUCGAACAAGAGAGAGACAGAGCGAAGAUGCAGCCAAAAGAUGUUCCCCCGCCUGGCAGGUCCUCUUCCUCCUCAUCUUCCUCCGGCUCCUCCUCUUCCUCGUCCUCUUCACCUUCACCGGCUCGUGAGAGUAAAGACACAAAGAUACCAGCAGAGAAAGACGGAAGAAGAGAGGACGACAGGAAAGAGGACAGAGAGCAGAAGAGUCGCUCUUCCUCUUCACAGGGUCCCUCCGGAGACUCCUCCCACGCUCCACCCUCAGGUAGAAGAGGCUCCCAGUCGGACCCCCCCCGCUCCGACGUGACCUCCAGAAAGUCCCCGGCCAGCAGCCAAUCAGACGCCAAACAGCCAUCACAAGGUCCGACCAGGAAGGAGUCGCCACCGGCUGCCGCUCGACCGUCCGACCAAACGGUCAGAAUCAAGAGCACGGUGAACGGCAGGGAGGCAGCUAAGAAGAGCAACGGAAGCAGCAGCUCCAGCUCUUCUUCCUCCUCCUCCUCUUCCUCAUCGUCUUCAUCCUCCUCUUCAGACAGUUCUGACUCUGAGGCCGAGCCAGGAAAAGGGAAAACCACCAAAGCUCCGAGCAGCUCGUCCUCGUCCUCCUCGGACGGAGAAAAGGAAACAAAGAACAAGAGUCCUGUCAGGCCCCAGCGGAACCCGGCUGAUUCACUGAGAGACUCUCGCUCCCUCAGUUAUUCUCCUCCGAGGUACAUCAGAGCAGAGCCGUCCCCCCCGAGCCGCAGGUCUGUACACGCCAAGACGUCUCCCGGAACCGAAUGAGAAGCAGCUUCAACUAGUGGAUAAGCGGCAGCCGACAGUCGCCCAGUCGCUCGUCAACCAGCAGACGAAGGAAAUGAGCUGAGGACACAGAGACUCGUCCCCUCUUCUUCUUCUGUGGUGUUUCUGCACUCACCUGCGACGAGUCUGAACAACAUGAACUUCAGACCUCAGACGAACUUGGGUGUGAAUGUCUGGGGACUGGAUUUGGGUCUGAGCCGCGACACGUGGAUCAGCAGUGUGACGCAGGACCAGUCUGUACAUUAUUCUUAUGAGCUGAGUAAGAAAAGCUAACACAUGAAAACAGCUGAGUUAAAGUAACGAUGUUCCUCUGUACCUGUACUGUGGAUUGUGUUCUACCUGUAGAUAUGGGCUGUCUGUAUUUUGGUUAUUAACAUGUAAUAGAUUCGUGAUUGCCAUUUAAUGUGAGGAGAAACUGAAACGUGGUUAAUUUCUUUGUUGAAAAAUGGUUGAUAACAAUAAAAAGGCAAUUGUACAUUU